CUCGCGCGUGGUAUGGUUGAGCGUGUGAGUUCCUUAAUUUUUGUGCCGUAAAUCGAGUUUUAUUUUUUAUUCUUUACGUUCGUGUUUUGUCUUGAUUUUUGCCGGUAAAUUAUAUCGAAAAUAGUUGACGUGCGACAGCCCUCGCGUGUGAUUCUAUAGAAUUAUCGUGUCUGCAUAAAAAUAAACUAAAUAAAGUUAACGAAUUUGGAAAUUUUCAUGAUCCGGCGACUCCAAGGCGUCUUAUUGGAUAAUCACUCCUUCGUGUGGACGUGCUGUGGAGGUUGGAGGUUAGAAACGCCGUGACAACGUCCUGUAAACCGUCUGUAUGAUUUCCUUACAUUACUCAUUGGCGUGACAACUCGUUACAUUCCAUCGACAAUAAAUGUGACACACUGCCAACAACUAACACUGCCCUAGUCAUCAACUGCCCUUAAGAAAAAAACAUGUUGUCUGAUUGGAAACCAUCGGAAGGACCAAAGGAACGUGCAAAAAUUAAGGAGAUUUCAUUCAACAAACGAUGAGAUUGAUCAUUCGUGUGAAUUCUAGUGAUUGUGUUAAUUUGGGUAAUUUAAUUAAUAAUAUACCCACUAAAAAGACAUUAUUGAGUGCGUAAAAGGUGGAGAAAGAUGUUGGGUGUGAGUCAGCCGAGCAAUCCACCUUCUAGUUUAAGACACUCGGCAAGUUUUUCAUGUCUUCAACGUUCAUCUGACGGAGGUCAUCGUGCCAGAACUUCAACACUUCCUCAGCAGCCAAAUAUUCCGUUAACAACCGUUCAACAUCAUCAUUACGGGGGUCCUAGUUCGCUACAGCCUACUGCGUUAUCUCACUCAAGGCAUCUAGAGAGUGAUUGCCUUGCUGAUAGUAACGACUACGGAUUUGUUAGGACAAGGCCAAGACUUCGUAGCACAAAUUCGACAAUAUUACGUGAGGAACAAGAACGUCAACACCAACAAUUAUUUGAACGUGAAGAGUGUGUUUAUGCCCAGUCGUCUAAAAUUAAAGAUCGAGAACUUUUGGAAGCGUCAAGAGCACGUGAGGUUGUUCCAAAGAACCAAAACCCGUUGAAAGGAGCAUUAAUUCUCUUCACGACUUCGACAUCUUCUUGGUGGAAAGCGAAACAACGUGAGGAAUUGGGUACCUCCCUUGUUACUCCAUCAAGUAUUGAAGGAAGGAAGUGGUCAGAAGCACCGAUGACGCCACCGUCUACGUCUGAGAGAAAGUGGCUUGGUCCACCUGGAUCAGUCCCCACCAGUGAGCGUAAGUGGUCCUGCAACUCGAUUGUGACCUCGCCAAGCAAUGAGAGGAAGUGGACGAGUGCUUCAGUAUCACCUACGUCUACCAGUCAGGAUCGAAAGUGGAGAUCCCUCGGGGCACUUCUCAGGACCCCUGUAACAACCUCCAGCAGCUCGCACGUGAGUCAAAACUCGUUCGGUCAGAACAUGAGUGUUUCCAUGAUUGAGAAUGGAGCAAGCGAGAGUUUUAGAGAAUGUGCAACAGUCGGCCCUUCCGUGAAGGCUUUAAAAUACCCUCAGCCUACCUCAUACUCUGCUCGAGUUUCCAGAACUAGUAGAGAUACUUACAGAGACAGUGGGGACUUUUCUCAAACAAGGUCAAGCAAGGUCAGUAGAAGACUUUAUCAAGAUCUAGAGUCUGAGAGUGCUGGUGAGGAGCAAAGGAGAAAAACUAGACAUUCAGAAGACGAAUGUAAGGAUAAAGCAAUAACAGAACUUAAAUGUGAGAAAAGUCACACUGUUGAAGCACGAGUUACUUCAACUCGGUCUGGAAGAGCUCAAAGUUUCUAUCUGUUGGAUGAUUUCCUAAAACCUCAACCCCAGUCAACAUCUGAAUGUUCAAUUGACUUCAAUUUACCACCAGAUUAUGGAUUGAGAGUCGGAAGAUCUAGAGAAAGCAAGCAAGAAAUGAUGAACCGUAUGAGAAAUUUGAAAAAUAUAACACCACCAAAAAGACAUAAUUCAAGCUCGGAUAGUCUUGAAGUAGCUACAAGUCCACUUCCACCUCCAGUACCUCCACCGCCACCCCCGGAGGUCAAUAACAUUCGAGAGAAGGAGAAACUUGAAAGUAGCAGAGAACGAGAAGCGUGUCCUUGCAGAAUGUGCUGGGCUAACAUGCAGCAGAGGUCCUUCCGUGAUGAGGUGAGUAGGAGAUCCAAAGAACGUGCGGCCAUCCACCAAGAUAAAGGGAGGAGUCCUGGAACGCUUCACAAGGAUGUGGGGGGUGGCGGGACGAAAGUUAGCGGCAAACCCGUCAGUGGAGUGGGAUCUGCAACCCUUACUGCGCUUUCAACAAUUAACAAUACGUCCAAUGGCAAUAGAAGCAAAAGCAAUUCAACCGCGCACGAGAAAUUACCGUCACUCAGCAAUAGUAAACCGUCACGAGACACGACUGAUAACAACAAUGGAAAUCACUCGACGUCUAACAACAUUCACAACUUGCCGUUGCAUGAUCCACUUAACACAAGUGUGCACAUUGAUGCCUAUGGACGUAGAUUGCCCAUGACACCGCAAGAAGCAACCAAGUACUACGGAUCACGACUGACUGAGUAUGAGCGCACGGAGAUUGAAAAGUACUCAGAGAUUUGGUACUUGGGAUUGUCUGCAUGCAAAAUUCAUGGAGAGGAAGGUGCCGAAAAUAGUGGAUAUGAUGAUGAUACAGGAAGUUACCACAAAAUUCCUCAUGAUCAUAUUUCCUAUAGAUAUGAGAUAUUAGAAGUGAUAGGAAAAGGGAGCUUUGGCCAAGUAAUCCGAGCAUUAGAUCAUAAGACUGGUCAGCAUAUCGCCAUCAAGAUAAUUAGAAAUAAAAAGAGGUUCCAUCAUCAAGCUCUAAUAGAAGUGAGAAUUCUAGACCAUCUAAGAAAAAAAGAUCUUGAGGCAGAUUCUCAACACAAUGUGAUACACAUGCUGGAGUACUUCUACUUCAGGAACCAUUUGUGCAUUAGUUUUGAACUUAUGAGCUUGAAUCUUUAUGAGUUGAUCAAAAAGAACAACUAUCACGGAUUCAGUCUGAGUUUAAUUCGUCGUUUUGCUAACUCUCUCAUAAACUGUCUGAGGUUGCUGUACCGUGAGAACAUAAUCCACUGCGAUUUAAAGCCGGAAAAUGUUCUCUUGAAACAACGUGGCAGUAGUUCGAUUAAAGUCAUAGACUUUGGAUCAUCAUGUUAUAGUCAUCAACGUGUCUACACGUACAUUCAAUCAAGAUUUUAUAGAAGCCCUGAAGUGAUUCUUGGACUACCAUACGAUACUUCAAUAGACAUGUGGAGUCUGGGAUGUAUUCUUGCUGAAUUACACACCGGAUAUCCUUUAUUCCCUGGAGAAAAUGAGAUUGAACAGCUUGCGUGUAUUAUGGAGGUAUUGGGACCGCCACCAGAAUCACUAAUCGCACAUGCAAAUCGUCGCAGAUUGUUUUUCGACUCCAGGGGUAAUCCUAGAUGUAUAGUUAAUAGCAAAGGAAGGAAACGAAGACCUGGUCAUAGAAACGUUGCCAUGGCUCUUCGUUCUACUGACCCGCUGUUUAUUGAUUUUGUCACCAGAUGUUUAGAAUGGGAUCCUAAAGACAGGAUGACACCGGAUGAAGCGAUGCAGCACAAAUGGCUCAAUUCAUCUUCGUCUUCACACUUGAGUACGUCAUCUUCAAUGGGUUCAUCGGUAGUAGGAUCAAUGAAGAUGUUGGUCGAGCCAACUAAUCAAACCAGUCACGCUCACACAAUCUCGGUAACUGCGCCAAGACAACGCGCUACCACUUUGGAGAAUUGUUCGUCUGUUGAUCAAAAAUAUAAUGUGUAUAGUUUUUAUCGAGGACGAAAGUGUAUGAUGUCAAAGAUCACAGCAAUUGAUAAUGCAGACAAUAAUGCACUCGUUGUAAAGAGCAAACUUAAUGGAAGUGCAAGUAGUCAUGCCUUGGCGAGUGGAACUCAACCAGCUGCUUCUCGACACGCAUCUACUGGUGACAUCGUUGCGAGUUUGGAUCCCAACCUCGAUGAUUCUGGAACCUUCCUGCCACCAAUAUUGUGAAGCCGCGUCUGCGCCAGCCACUUCUGAAUGGUUUCCUUCAUUUCAGGACGUAGACUCGCGCAGUUAAAUCAUCAUCGUCCUCGGCACUUUAUCGGUACCAAGUUCUCGCGCUGUUCGGGACCACAAAACCCAUUCAUUUGCCUGUGACUGUGAGUUCCGACAAUAAUACUCAAAUGCUUGGGCCGGUUAACGAAGACGACAACGAUCUAUUCUUUUUUUUUAAUUUUAUCCAUUUUUAUUCAACGCAACGAGAAUAAUCCGGCCUGCGAUGGUGAUGUGCAGCUUGAAUAUAUGAGUAGGGGCUGUAGGAGUAAAAGGAGAACUUAGAGUAGCUCGACAUUUUUUUCCAUCAACUCAAAUCGAGGUGUAAUUACUGUCGUUAGUCACGCAGCAUGCAAUGAGAGUUAAGAGGCUAAAGUAGAUCCAGGUAGCAACGUUACAUGAAGAUAAGAGAAAGGGAAAAAAUAUUAAUGAUGAGUGUCUACACACAUGGUUAAUAAUAAUGUUGAAAAAGAAAUUGUAUCAUUAUGGUUGACAAGUUAAAAAACAUUUUUUUUAAUAAUCAAAACAAAAAAUAUUUAAAAAAAUAAAUAAAAGAAAUAAAGUAAUUUCGCUAAUCAAACUAAGACUGGUAGAAAAAGAAAUAUAAAUACGUCGUUUGAUCUUCCGAAUAGUCUGGAAUAAAAACCGUGUGAUAGACUUACACUCUCACAUUUUUCAGUCUAUAGAUUCAUCGAUUAGUUCAAGUAACGACAGGCAAUUUCUUGUAUAAAAUAAACGAAUAAUGGUGGAUGAAUAAAGACCUCAGAGAGAGAAUCAUGAAUUACAGAUGCCCAAGUUUCACGAGGCCUGAGUAGUCUUAUUGUGAUAUUAAACUACCACUGUCUUACUUAGAUCUCCAAUAAUAAGAAUUAACAAUUAAUAAUAAUAAUUUUUCUUUAAUACUAACUACAGUUUUUUUCGUAUUGUCAUCAUCGCUAUUACUAAAUAUGAAUGCAACGUUUGCAAUUAUACUAUAGAAUAUUGCAUUAUUUAAAUACAAAAACGUAAAUAUCAACUUGAUAAAAAGUAUAUUUUUAUGGAAGUAAGCAUGUGCUUAUUACGUAAUUAUUUAGUUUAUAUGUCAUUUUAUUUUUAAAUAGAUCAUCAUCGCUUAUAAAUUCUCUACUAUCGUCAGUAAUUUUAUCAAUUUUAAAAAAAAAAAAAAAAAGCUCAAGGGUAAUGCAUUAAUCAUUAAAACAAUUACGACCACUGCCUUUGUAUUAUUGAAUUGAGAAUAAUUUUUUAAUGAAAGUAAUCUCACUUUGAAUUGUUUCGUCCACUUAAAACAUCAAUGAUUCAGUAUUUAACUUAUUCAGCUGAACUGAAAAAAUUUACAAAUUAUUUGCAUGUUGUUUAUUUAUUUAACUCUUUAUAUCAUGUAUCAAAAUAUUUCAUUUUUGCUUCUCAGGUUUUUUUAUAUCAGGAAAAUUGUGCAAUUAUUAUAAAAAAAAAAACAUAACUAAUGACGUAAAAAAAAUUGUCAUAAAAAAAAAAAUAAAAAUGGUGUGAAAGACUGAAAUACAUAUUGCAUGUUAUUAUUCAUGAUUUUGGUCUUAAAAUAUUCAGUUAUGUUAUGCGAUGAUGAAUAAAAAUAAUUGACUAAUAAUAAAUGGGCCAAUUGUUUAUUUGUAUGAGAACAAAAAAAUUAGAAAUUAUUAAAUAAUGAUUCAAAAAUAAACGGAAGAUUAUAAAACGACCUAUGGUAGAAACAAAAUAAAUAUAUAAAUGAAUAGAAAUAAUUAAAAAUAAAAUAAAAAACAUAAUAAUCAAUGAACAAUUAAAAAUUAAACAAUUACUUGUCAAUUCAGGCCACGAUAUGAUUAUGAGAAUUUAAAUAAUACGCAGAUCGGAUUAAUGAUCCGCUUGAAAUGACUGAAAUAAAAAUAACAUUGUAGCGUAAAUAAAUUUUCAAUUAUAAUAAUGUUGCUGGCAUGUGUUGAGCGUUUGUUUGACAUCGAGCAAAAUAAAAUAGAAAUUCAUUUUUUUUUUCUCUACAGAAUCAUCUCGUUCUAGUUAUUAAAUACCCAUAGAAAACUUGUAUGUAAUAAUAAGAAUACUCUAGAAGUAAAAAUCAUGUUUACAUUGAGCGAAAUAUUAUGAAAAAAAAGAAUUAAAAAAUUAAAAAAAAAAAAAAUCGUGUAUAAAAUAUUAAUGAUUGCGACCUUUAGGAGAAUGAUUGAUGAUGAAUAUGAGAAAGAAACAAGAAUUAACGAACUGUAGGCGAUUAUUAUUGAUGUAGAAUAUAAGUAGAUGUAAAAAAUCUAAUAAUCUUAAGUAAUGAAUAAAAUUAAUAAGCGGAAUCCCAAUAAUUGGGGGCGAUACUCUCGUAUGUACAGUUUUACGUUUUUAGGUGUUCAACUAUAUACAGCGGGAACAAAGUAUGUGUAUAAAAGAAAAAAAUAGUGUAUCUACAUUUAAACCCUUAUUAUCAUUAGAUAAUAAUAUCCAUGCACAUUAAAUAAGCCUAUUCGUCUCAUAAUUAUUAAAAAAAAAAACAUUGAAAUAAAAUUAAAAAAAAAAAAAAAAUAAGUAUCGCAUGAAUCAUUUUCAAAACUUUAAUAAUCGCAUACAAUUCUGCUGAUAAAAUUCUGAACCUAAAGAAGGGAGAGAAUGAAGACGAAAUUUUUUUUAACAGCUAAGCUAAAGAACCUUCAAGACUAGUCACGAACAAGAGGACAUAAUCGCGGCUAGUCCUUUUGAAAAAUGUAGAUGCCUACCUAAUGUGCUUUACACUUGUUACUUGAAGCCGUUCCUGAAUUCGAUAUAACAGAAAUUCGAUAAACUACCUAAGCAAAACAUAAAAAAAUAAGAAAGUACAUUAAAAACAAGUACGAGUGUAAGUUAAUAAACAUAAUUUCAUUAGUGUUAGUUUAAUUAGAUAGAUAAUUGUAUACUUAAUAAGGAAAAAAAAAAACACAAUACUCCCCCUUUAAAAUUAAAAAUGACUUUAUGUAAAGCUGUGUAUCAAUUAAUCGGAAAUUUGAAUCACCAGUCCCUGGAGUCCUUAUUGAAAAGAGUCGUAUUGAUCUUUAGCGACGAUAGAGCUUGGUAGGACAAUCAAUACGCAGUCUAGCGUUACCAAUUAGAAUAAUGAUAUAUUCUAACUAUGAUAUUAGUAAGAAUAUGAUUUUACAUGUAAAUUAUAGACAUAAUAAAAUCCUAAAUGCUGCCUGUUGUCAAAAGGGGGAGUAAAUGCAACCUAAUUCAUAGUCAUUACUCCAUAAUAAAUGAUAUAAGUGACUUGUCUUACUGAUUUUUAAUAAAAAAAAUAAUUACAUAACAUUGGCCUCAAAAUUUUUGAUGGUGUAAUCAAUCCUAUGUAUUUCUUUCCAAUUGUCAAAUAGGUUGUACAUAAAUAAAAGAAAGAAAAAUGUUUCAGGAUUAACUAUAUGAAAUCAAAUGUCCUCAUCAUACGGUGGUGUAGUGCGAAUGUUUCGUGUUGUAAAACAAAUGUUAACAAGUAAAAAAAAAUAAUUUUGUGAUUUAUAAUAAACGUAAUAAGUUGUUGAGCUCUAUCUGAGCUUAUCUAAUGUCUGUGUAUAAUUGCGAGAGAUAUUUCGUCAAUUUCCGCCUGACUUAAAUAUGAUAUCACAAGUGAAGAAUUGACAAUUGUAAUGUUUAUGAUAAAUGACGUAUAGUGUGUAAUAGUACGAUACUGAAAGCAUUAUCAUCUUUUUGUAUCAUUUGUUCGUUUGUUUCUAUUAUCUUACUGCGUUUGUCUUUCAUUAUCAAUGUAAUAAAGUAAGACGCUAAACGUUUAAAUACGUGGCUAAUCUUACCUUUUAAACACAAGCAAAUAAACACAACUACGAUCUAA